AUGGCAGAUUUGCCCAAAUUUCAUCUCGCUCUCACCGUCACUAAUAUCAAGUCUCUCGUACCCGUAAUAUUAGACAAUGAGCAAGGCUUAUAUCAUUCUUGGGCUACUCUGUUCAUUAAUCUUGCCAGGGUUUAUGAUCUUUACGAUCAUUUGGUUCCACCCAUGGAAGCGUCGGCUCUAGCUGCCUACACUAUGACCAAGUUGGCUGAUCUGGCUCUUUGGAAGCAUCUAGACGUUGUUAUAUUGCAAUGGAUUUACACUACCAUUGUUCCUGAUCUUCUUCUAGCUAUCCUCAAAUGCAAUGAUAUGACAGAGGGCGCGUUGGCUGAUGUUGAUACUCCGGUGACUAAUAGUCGCCUGGUUUUACGUCUUACCAGCUCUUCACCAGAGGCGUAUAGUGGUACGGUGGAUUUUAUACAAAAUCAAGAGCCAUUUCCCCCUUUAAAAGUUAUCGUUCCAGGUUGA